GAGAGAAACAGACGCCUCAGCGUUUCCAGCCCGGGGCUGACAGAAGUCCCGUUUUUGUUGGAUUUUUCCAGUAUUGUUUCAUCAUUUCUUUUUCCCUCUGCUGGUGUGGCUUGGCAGGAGUCAUGAGGACGGAGUCUUGUUUUGGAAGCUGGUAUUCCAGCCGCUGCUGUUUUUGUUGUCAUGUCCGUACAGGGACAAUCAUUCUGGGAACAUGGUACAUGCUGAUCAAUAGCGUGGUGCUGCUGAUUUUGCUGUCUGCCUUCAGUGACCCAGAACGGUACUACCUGCCUCAUACUGAACUCAGCACUGACUUUGACUUCACUGAUGAUGCCAAUAUCUGCAUCGCUACCGCUGUUUCUCUCCUUAUGAUAACCAUUUGUGGAAUGGCCACUUAUGGUGCAUAUAAGCAACUCAGUGCAUGGAUCGUCCCAUUCUUCUGUUACCAGAUCUUUGACUUUGCCCUCAAUACCCUUGUAGGAAUCAGCGUGGUCAUCUAUCCAAACUCUAUUCAAGACUACCUGCGACAACUGGUAUGA